AUGGGGCCUCACAAGAUAUUUGGUGGAGAAUUUGUUCUGCUACCAUCUCUGAAAGGAUCAAAGGCAGCUCGGGCUUUCCUUAAAACCCUAGACAUUAAUUUCUCGAACCGCCCGCCUAAUGCCGGUGCAACACACUUGGCCUAUGAUGCCCAAGACAUGGUUUUUGCGGAUUAUGGGCCAAGGUGGAAGCUCCUGAGAAAGCUAAGCAACUUACACAUGCUUGGUGUGAAGGCUCUUGAGGACUGGUCUCGGGUUCGAACUGUUGAGCUAGGUCACAUGCUUCGAGCCAUGCUUGAGUUGAGCCAGCGAGAGGAGCCGGUGGUGGUGCCGGAGAUGUUAUCUUUUUCCGUGGCCAACAUGAUAGGGCAAGUGAUACUAAGCCGCCGGGUGUUUGAAACAAAAGGGUCGGAGUCAAAUGAGUUCAAGGACAUGGUGGUGGAGCUCAUGACCAGUGCUGGGUACUUAAAUAUUGGCGAUUUUAUUCCGUCCAUCGCAUGGCUGGACAUCCAAGGGAUCGAGCGCGGGAUGAAGCAUUUACAUAAGAAGUUCGACAAGUUAUUGACAAGGAUGAUAGAGGAGCACACGGCAUCAGCCCAUGAGCGCAAGGGAAACCCAGAUUUUCUGGACGUAGUCAUGGGCCAUCAAGGAAAUUCUACAGGGGAGAAGCUCACCCUUACCAACAUUAAGGCGCUCCUCCUGAAUUUAUUUACUGCAGGAACAGACACUUCAUCAAGCGUAAUCGAGUGGUCUCUGGCUGAGAUGUUGAAAAACCCGAGCAUCCUCAAGCGUGCUCACGAAGAAAUGGAUCAAGUGAUUGGAAGGAGCCGGCGGCUCGUGGAGUCUGACUUACCAAAACUUCCAUACCUACAAGCCAUAUGCAAGGAAAGCUUCCGGAAGCACCCAUCCACCCCAUUGAACCUUCCUCGUGUCUCAAACGAGGCAUGUGAAGUGAACGGCUACUACAUCCCAAAGAACACUAGACUUAGCGUGAACAUAUGGGCAAUCGGGCGAGACCCUGAUGUCUGGGAAAGCCCGGAAGAAUUCAGUCCAGAAAGGUUUCUAAGUGGAAGAAAUGCAAAAAUUGAUCCUCGUGGAAAUGAUUUUGAGUUGAUCCCGUUUGGGGCUGGACGAAGGAUUUGCGCUGGCACUAGAAUGGGAAUAGUGCUGGUUGAGUACAUUUUAGGGACGUUGGUACAUUCAUUUGACUGGAAAAUGCCGGAUGGAGUUGAGAUCAACAUGGACGAAGCUUUCGGGCUUGCACUGCAGAAGGCAGUUUCUCUUUCGGCUAUGGUGACACCAAGGCUUCACCAGAGUGCGUAUGCAGUCUGAGCUCAAACCGCUCAGACCAAAACCCAGGCCUCGUUGCUAUAUGGCAUGGAUGCAGUUAUGAAGAA